AGAGAGAGAGGCAGGACUGAGGGGUUGAAUGGGGUCCAGAGGACUGGGAGCAGCAUGCGAUGGACACAUGGGAAGAUGAUCCGGCUGACCAGCGUACGUGCCUCAUCUGUGGCGACCGCGCCACCGGCCUCCACUAUGGCAUCAUCUCCUGCGAGGGCUGCAAAGGCUUCUUCAAGCGCAGCAUCUGCAACAAGCGCGUCUACCGCUGCAGCCGCGACAAGAACUGCGAGAUGUCGCGCAAGCAGCGCAACCGCUGCCAGUACUGCCGGCUGCUCAAGUGUCUGCAGAUGGGCAUGAACCGCAAAGCGAUCAGGGAGGACGGCAUGCCGGGGGGGCGGAACAAAAGCAUCGGGCCCGUGCAGAUCACCGAGGAGGAGAUCGAGCGCAUCAUGUCGGGCCAGGAGUUCAAGGACGAAGUCCCGGAGCUCACCUGGGGCCCCAACGGGGACAGCGACCACAGCUCGCCCAGCAACGGGGCCUUGGAGGGCAACCAGCCGUCGCCCGCCUCCAUGCUGUCAUCCAACCGCUCCGGGGAGGUGAACGGCUACACGGCGGCGCUGCGUGACCAGUACAUCAACACCUCCAUGUCCACCCACUACCAGCUGCUGCCUCACCUGUUCAGCUACGCGGCCCAGUCGGGCCUGCUGGCCCCGCAGCCGCGCGGCCUCUACCCCCAGUCCCACCAACUGGUGCUGCAGCUGGUGGCGGCCGAAGACCUGGCCCCCCUGGCCACCCCCAUGCUCAUAGAAGAUGGGUACAAGGUGACGCAGGUGGAGCUCUUCGCCCUGCUGUGCCGCCUGGCGGACGAGCUUCUGUUCCGCCAGAUCUCCUGGAUCAAGAAGCUGCCGUUCUUCUGCGAGCUCUCCAUCGAGGACUACACCUGCCUGCUGAGCUCCACCUGGCAGGAGCUCAUCCUGCUGUCCUGCCUCACCAUCUACAGCGCGCAGAUCUUCGGGGACCUGGCGGACGUCACCGCCAAGUACACGCCGUCGGACGACGAGCUGCAGGGCUUCAGUGAAGACGGCAUGGAGGUGAUGGAGAGGCUGAUUUAUCUGUUUCGUAAGUUCCACCAGCUGAAGAUCAGCAACGAGGAGUACGCCUGCAUGAAGGCCAUCAACUUCCUCAACCAAGACAUCAGAGGGCUGUCCAACGUGUCCCAGCUGGAGCAGCUCAACAAGCGCUACUGGUACGUGUGCCAGGACUACGCCGAGUACAAGUACCCGCACCAGCCCAAGCGCUUCCCCGAGAUCAUGAUGUGUCUGCCGGAGAUCCGCUGCAUCGCGGGGAAGCUGGUGAACGUGCCCCUGGAGCAGCUCCCCCUCCUGUUCAAAGCAGUGUUGCACUCCUGUAAAUCCAGCCUGACCAGCUACCGGACCCCCGGCCCGUCGCCCUGCGUGACCGCCGCCUCCGGGAACUAGACCCCCCCCUGACCCCCGACCCCGAGCCGAGGGACCGGUCUCCCCUCUCGUGAAUGUGACAAGCAGCUAGUUUGUUUUUUGUAACUUGUUUCCUUAUCUAUUUAUUCCAGGACCGAGCUGAAUGUAUGCUGAUUACACUGUGCACAUGCUUCUGUACUGAACAAAUGCUCGUAGAUGCGUUGGUCUUUGGAGUUUACAAGUGUGUAUCCAGUUUGCUCAAUGUGUCCGUGUUGCUAUUGUUAGAGCUAGACUUUAAAAGAGUUUAUUUUAUUCAGACGGGGCGGAUCGACACUACCUCAGGAAAAUGUUGUUGCUAUGUUCAGGUACCUUUUUGUUUGUUUUUUGUUUCUGUUAAAUGAAGUACGCAACCGGAUCCCGGCGGACGCCUUGACCCUCAAUCACAGGCUGAAUGUUCAAAGGAGCUGCGGGAAUCAAAUAUUAUAAAUCGGUGUUUUAUUGCACUGAAGAUGCAAAAUUCAGCUACUUCACCGACGUGGCCCCGGACCCCCCUCCUGCCAACGGGAGGUGGGCCGGCCCGUCUCACAUUCCAGGGGUCAAGGUGCCGGAUGAUGGAUUUAUGGGAACUUCAUUGAAGAAGAGAAAGAAAAGGAUCUUACGGGUAUUUUUUACAAUCAGACUGGGGAUGUAAAGGCGUUGAAGCCGGGGAACGGGAGGAUAGGUUUGGUGUUUUUAGUUUGAUUGUUUUUCUCUUUUUGACCAAAGUGUUAUGCAAUGCUUUAUUCAGACGCCCAUGGAUGGGUAAGGGGAGGGGCCGAGAGCCCCCGCCCCGCCCCCCCCCACAGAGAAGGUUUCUUAUCAAUGAAGGAUAAGAGAUGAAUCGCGGUGUGUCCGAGGGGGGGCGCCCCCUGCUGGACUUCAUUGUAAAUGUUGCUAACCGCGCGCACACACACAGUCCGGUGCUCCCGGUAGGCGUGGCGACGUCGGACCGCUCGGUGCCAGAACCUCGACGCCGACCGGUUCUGCUCAAAGUUCCGGUCCACGUUUAAUUUAAGAUGCGUGACGUCUAGCGUUUUCCCCCAACUUAUUCAGAACAAACCAGAACGACAUGUCUGGUGUUUUAACGGGUCAUCAAGUAUGUGCACCUGGCCUAACUAGAACCAAAGUGGAACCGACGGAACCGGGUUCAAGUCUGACCCGGAGGCCCCCCCCCCCCCCACGGGGCUCAGCUCUAGCUAGCGCUAGCUUCCGUUAGCGUAGCCUCAAACCAAAUGGGACCUGUCAAGCGUUUCAUUGGCCAGUUCAGAGGGACUCGCGCUGUUCUCCGGUCUCGUCAGGUCCAAUCAAAACUUUGCACAGACCCGAGACCGGGAGCAGUUUGAGUGGGACCAGAUCCAAAAGGACUCUGGUUCAGGUUCUGGUCCUCGACUGAACCGGCUCAUAAAAGGUUUCAGGGAUGGAUUCAGGUCUCAGUGAAUCCAGGUUUGAGUCCCCUCUGUGACCGAUAUGCACAUAGUUUAGGAGAAGCCCCCGAAGGUGGUCUUCAUCGUGGACUACGAGAAGACCACUUCAAAGCCCUUGAAGUGGUCUUCUUCUCGUGGGCUCCUCCAGGUUUAUAUUUUUGCCAUUUCAAGAUGUAUGAAAUGGUUUUGAAGUGCAGACGGCAUGCGGUCCUCGCAACGACUCUUUUUUUGCACACGACGGGGAGGCUCGGAGACCUUGACCUUUGACCUCGGCCACUGCCCGCCCAGUGUGUUCCUCUCUCAGGUCCCUGCCGGCCUGAAUCUAAACAGGGUAAAGUUGAGUGUUCCUCAGUGGCCAUGCUGACGUAGUAUUAGUAGACGUAGGUGCGGGACAUCGUAGGUCCUCCGUAGAAGUGUUUUCCCCCUUUUUCGACUUUAUUUCUGUCCUUAAGCCCCGCCCCCUUUCAUUCAGUGAAACGCAGUUUGGAGAUUUCUCUCUUGGCUUUUGGAGGCGGAGCUUCAGAACCUCAGUGUUCUUCUUUGACGCGUUUCACUUCCUCUUUUGUUUUUUAUACAUUUUCUCAUGUACCUUUCUUUGUAGUUAUGAUGUGAAUGUAUUUUUUUGUUUUCACGAAUCCAUUGUUUUUAUUUUUUGGGAGUGGGGAGGCGAUCAUCUAUCUCAGCUUUGAAUGAAUUCUUGACUCAUUCCCGUGUCCUCUGUAUUUUACGGCAGAUCGUAUCAUGCGGGUAACGUCAGCUCCGAAGCCUUUUAUGUGUUGUUUGAAUCAUUUUACAAUUCAGAUGUGACUCUUUGAGGCUCUAAAGCCGAAUGAAAUCACUUAUGUUCCACCACCCUGAGAACACUUCCUCUCCUUUUCUUAGAACAUGCAUCGUCAUCACUCAGGCUUCUGGGGCUUCAGGGGAAGAACACGCCACGCAGCGACGCCGCUUGGUUUUAUUUGUCCAGUUUAAAAAAUUCCUGCCGCCCCCCCAAAAACAAGGCGUGUGCAUGGAAUUUAAUCCAAAUUCAAGCAGAUAAAACAACAAAAAAAUCUGUUUUUGACCUCUUAAUGAACUUUAAACCCUUUAGAAGACGAUCUCAGGGAUGUGAACACGCACCAGAUGCCUGAGUGAUGCGCUGCCUCUUUAAAACACUAUAAAUCUCUCUGAGGAAACAGUCGAGUUUCAUAUCUUUUCUACCGUGAAUAUCAGAGCGACGGUCACCAGCCGUCUGACGUACAGUAGAAGUAGAAGAAGAGGAAGAGGAGAGGUUCAGGGUGGCCGACAACAAAGUCAGUAGCUCCAGGAAUGCGCUGCACAUCAGACGGCUGGACGAGGAUCUGACGUCUUUGAACGCAGCGCCUCACGAUGCGAGCGGUCACAUGACGCCGUCGGCCGCUGAACAAAGGCUUCUUCUUAUUCCUCUGUUUGUUUCUGCAGACGAGGGGACAUGUUGUUGUUAUGCAUUUGCAAUUUGUUUACUGAAACUACCUUUUUUUAUUUGUCGCCCCGUUACUUUUCUUUCAAUAGUUGAUUUUUGUUCUUUCUGCUUAUGUUUUGGUUUCAUUUCCCCGAUGGGGUGACGUCGCCUCCGUAUUAUACGCCCCCGUUUCCCUCUUCUUCUUUUUUUAAACUGGAGUCAACGUGUUGCCUCACACAGCUCUACCUCACUCGCCUGCUGGCAGCAGCUGGUAUUACACUGACCUCCGUUCAGGGAUCCUCUACCUCCUCUGGUUUCACGUGGAACUGGAGUUCUCUUUUUUUAUUUCACUCGAUGACAGAAUGCCGAUGACGAGACGCCGUUAGCGGCUCGAUUGACCAACGUUGACCUUUCGUGAUUGGCCGUUUGCCGUGUUCUCCGUGUUCAUGACGUCAUCACAUGACGCCGUGCUCCCCGGUUGUGGAGCUCAGUCGAUGAGUCUUUUGAUGUAUCAUCAACCGGAGGGUUUCCAUGUGACGUCGUCGUCCAAUGAGAGCGCAGCACAGGAAGCUGUUGGCGCUCCAGGUGACCUGCAGCACGCGGCCACGGCGAGAGCUCGUAACCCAACGUGUAGUUGAGCUUACGGUCCAACCUCCGACUGUAGCCGCCUGCUGCACGUCCUGAUGCAUGAUGGGAAAUCGUGGGGAGCAAUCUUGACGUAUCUCAGGGAAGAAAUUCGAUUGGCGGCCAGCCUCCGCGUUCUGUCGUUACUUUAACUACCUGUGAAGAAUGUGAUCAUUACGUGUUAAAAGCAUGUUUAGAAUGUGUUAGGACUUGAAACCAAAUAAAUGUGAACGUUAUGCAAGUGUA